GAAGGAAGCCUCGCUAUGAAUGACCGAAGCAACCGUAGGCGGACAAUGAAGGACGAAGACACAUUUGAGAUCUCCAUCCCCUUCGAAGAGGCACCCCACUUAGACUCACAGAUUUUCUACAGUCUGAGUCCCUCUCGGAGAAAUUUUGAGGAGCCUCCAGAGGUCACCUCCCCAACCCUGACCCUGAUGAACAGCGUUAAGGCCCAGCUGCACAUGGCCCUGGAAAGGAACUCAUGGCUGCAGAAGCGCAUUGAGGACCUGGAGGAGGAGAGGGACUUUUUGCGGUGUCAGCUGGACAAGUUCAUUUCCUCGGCCCGGAUGGAUGCAGAGGACCACUGCCGGAUGAAACCUGGGCCACGGAAGGUUGAUGCGGACAGCCGGGCUGGGGUUGGGGGAGAAGCCUCAGACCCUGAGUCGGCAGCCUCUUCCUUCAGCGGGGCAUCUGAGGAGGGCAGUGCCAGUGAGAGGAAGAGGCAGAAGCAGAAGGGAAGUACUGGCCGGAGGCGAUUUGGGAAACCCAAGGCUCGAGAGAGGCAGCGGGUGAAGGACGCUGACGGGGUCCUCUGCCGCUACAAAAAGAUCCUGGGCACCUUCCAGAAGCUGAAGAGCAUGUCUCGAGCCUUUGAGCACCACCGCGUGGACCGGAACACGGUAGCGCUGACCACGCCCAUCGCGGAGCUGCUCAUUGUGGCUCCCGAAAAGCUGGCUGAGGUGGGAGAGUUCGAUCCGUCCAAGGAGCGCCUGCUGGAGUACUCCCGCCGCUGCUUCCUGGCGCUGGACGACGAGACUCUCAAGAAGGUGCAGGCUCUAAAAAAGAGCAAGCUGCUCCUGCCCAUCACCUACCGCUUCAAGCGGUGA